AUGACUGGAUGUGUCUUGCGCUUUCUAUCUGUGGAUCUCUUCAAGACUCUUAUCUACCCUAAGGAAAAUAUUGUCAAAACUUAUAUUCGGUUCGCUCAAAAGCAUCUUGACCAUGAAUACAAUUUUCAAACAGUCAUGGACAACUUCACCGAAGUCUAUGUUCAUAUGGGGAAUAAGUGGCCCAAUUUCGGUCGUUUUGAUGGAGUCAGCGCUGAACGUUGGUGGAAUGAGGUUUUUGUCCAAACUUUCGCGCGAAGCUCCUCAUUCACUGAGACUUGUGUUAGACGUGCCCUCACACUGAGUGCUACUAAUGAAAUCUAUUAUUGGUUUUCUUCCAACGAAGCUUGGGACUUGGCUCCCGGUGCGAUCAAGGGUUUGAGUAAGCUGACAGACGCGGGGAUUAAGUUGGCUGUUCUUUCCAACUCCGAUGAAAGAACUCCAACUAUCUUGAAAUCUCUUGAUCUCAAUAGGUUUUUCACGUUUGUUAUCUUCUCUCGGAGCUGUGAUUACAUGAAACCAGAGGCGGGCAUAUUUGAAUUGGCUUACCGUCGUUUUCUUGGUUCGGGAGUCGCUAAUGAAGUGGCCUUGCGGUCACAGAUGACACAAUAUGGUCAUGUUGGAGACUCAGAAUCUCGAGACUACUGGGGCGCAUUGCGUGCUGGAUGCGGACGUGCCUUCCUACUGACAACCGAGAACUCCAAAUCCUGUUUUUGGGCCUACAAAGACAACACGUCUGGGCGGUUUCAAGAACUUGUUCCUGCUCGCGACAGAAUCUCAUCGCUAGACCAAAUUUUGGAGCGUCUAUAG